AUGUCCAUAUUCCUUAGAAACUGCCCAGAACGGGAAUUCAAACGAAUAAUUAAAUACCUCUACGAAUUAACAUAUUUCUCUAUACCCGAUUAUAAUUUUGUGUAUUAUUGUAUUCAGCAUGCAUGCAAGGCAAAUAACAUCAAGCCGUCAGAUCCAUUGGACUGGGAUAGAUAUCAUGAAUUCGCCGGUCCAACAGGUCCUCCAGGUGAUGGCAAAAUGGUGAACCUCGACGAACAUGAAGACGAGUUUGAAGUAGGAGCACAUAACAGCCACAGCAGUCAUAUUAACAGUCGACAGCACAGUCAGCAGCAUACUAAGAGAGGUUCCAGCAUUAGAAAAAGAUCACCUAUGCAAGGAUCGAAAUCUGAUGGAGGGAACAAAGGGUCUACGAUUUCAAGGCAUCGUCACGCUACGCCUGUGUCUUGA